UGUAAAUUAUAUUGCGUCUUACUUUACAAUUGUAAAAAUUAUCAAAAAUAAUGACUGAUCGAUACAAAUUAUGGGGAGGUUGUUUUGAAGAAGAACCCUCUUCAGUAUUACGGCGUCUAAAUGACUCUCUAGGAAUAGACUCGCGACUUUAUCGUGAAGAUGUCAAAGGCAGCAAAGCAUGGGCGGAAGAACUACAUCGAAGUGGACAUCUUUCUAAACAGGACAAUGAUGCUAUACAAAAGGGACUAGAUAAAGUGGAGGAGAAGAUCACAGAGGAGCUCUACAAAAAUGGAAAGCUAAACGAUACUGAGGAAGACAUACAUUCCGUUGUCGAAAGACGACUAACAGAGCACGCCGGAGAAGCCGCUCUACGCCUGCAUACUGCUCGUAGUCGCAACGAUCAGUCCGCUACCGACACCAAGCUAUGGAUGCUUUCUUCACUUAAAAGAAUUCAAAACGAAAUAAUACAUCUCAUCUCGGUUCUCGUAAAACGGGCAGAGCAAGAAAUAGAUACAAUAUGUCCCGGAUAUACUCACUUGCAACGAGCACAGCCCAUCCGGUGGAGUCACUUUUUAUUGAGCUAUGCUUGGUCAUUUCGAGACGACGUGACAAGAUUAGAAGAACAAAGAAUUCGCUUGUCAUCUUGCCCCCUCGGAAGUGGUGCUAUUGCCGGCUGUGCUUUGCCGAUUGACCGAAAAAAAUUAGCCGCAAGCUUGGGAUUUCAAAAUGUUACACCCAACUCUAUGUUUGCUGUUGGUUCAAGAGACCACAUAGUUGAAUUUCUCAAUUGGGCAUCAUUAUGUGGAUUGCAUCUUAGUAGAUUAGCAGAGGAUUUAAUAAUCUACAGUUCUCAAGAGUUUAAAUUCAUACAGCAAUCCGACCAAUUUUCUACUGGCUCCAGUCUUAUGCCCCAAAAACGUAAUCCCGAUGGCUUAGAACUUGUACGAGGAGCGGCUGGAAUAUUACUUGGCGACGCAUUCUCAUUUAGCUGUAUUUUAAAAGGCUUACCAAGUACAUACAAUAAGGAUUUACAAUCGGAUAAGGAAAUCCUGUUUAGAGCAUAUGACAGACUGUUAGAUUGCUUAAAAGUCACCGUGGGAACCGUAUUUAACAUGAAAGUCGACGUUGAAAAGGCACGCAGCCUCCUAGAGCCCGGCAUGCUGGCGACGGACCUAGCGCACGCACUGGUGCGUCGCGGCGUGCCGUUUCGCCGUGCGCAUCAUCUGGUCGGUGCCGCACUGCGCCGCGCCGCCGCUCUCGAUCUCGAUCUGCAACAAUUGCCGCAUCUCGAAUAUGUCGCUAUAUGCCCUGAAUUUGGCACUGAAGAAGAACUAAUGAAAAUUUUCUCCUGGGAGGCGAGCGUAGAACAGUAUACAACUGAAGGUGGCACUUCCAGAAACACUGUUUUGCAACAAAUACAAGAAUUAAAUCAAUGGCUACAUGGCAAUAUUACAACUUGCGAUUAUAAAUAAAAGCAGUUACACCAUAAAAUCUA